CAUGCGGGUGCUGGAGGUGGGACCGGCUUCGUGGGCACAGCCCUGACCCGGUUGCUGCGGAGCCGUGGCCAUGAAGUGACCCACGUCUCUCGACAAGCGGGCAAGGAUCGGAUCAGCUGGGUAUGGAGAGGAGCGGUCAGAGGAGGGAGGAUGCGCCGGGGCUGAGGAACCGGCCCCCUUGCCCCGGCCUGCUGUGGCAUACAGGGAAUGUGCAGGGGGGGUUCUCGGUCCUGUGGAUGUUCUCUUGGCCUCCUGGGUGCUCCAUGGCUUCUGCUGGCGCUCCAAGGAGCGAAACCAUCUCCACUGUUGCUUGUGCUCCAGGCAUGGUCAUAAGGGAGCUGGCUGGAGUUCUUAGGAGUCUGCACUGCUUGGUUGUUGGGAAGGCUUGAGCAGAGGGGAGGCUGCUGUGUGAUGUCCCUGUUAUCCUGCCUAGGAGCAGCUAGCCCAGUCUGGAUUGCCCCAGUGCGACGCUGUGGUGAACCUGGCUGGUGAAAAUGUCCUCAACCCUUUCCGCAGGUACCUUGGUCUCCCACGGUGCUGUUCCCAAGUGAAGGCAAGGCAGGCCAGUGCUGACAGAGAUGUGGAAGGGAUCUGGGGAGGAAACCCUAAUGGCUAUCAUCCCCCAAAGUCCCCAUGUACUACGUGUCCUCCGCCUGUUUUGGAGCAUGGGGGUGUUCUUGUGACCUCUCCUGUGCUUGUCAACAGGGGUCUGGUGGGAGUCCCUUGGUGCUGUUUCCUGGGAUGCCCCCAUGGGGAUUGUCAUUGGUGGCUCUCCCUUUCCCAGGUGGGGCGAUGCCUUCUGCAGGGAGAUCAUCAGAAGCCGCGUUGAGACCACCAAGACCUUGGCCAAAGCCAUUGCUGAUGCUGAGCAGCCGCCUCAUGCUUGGGUCGUCGUCACCGGCGUAGGCUAUUACCGCCCUAGCCCCACAGCAGAAUAUACUGAGGACAGUCCUGGGGGGGACUUUGACUUCUUUUCACGCCUGGUGAGCUCCUGGGAGGCUGCAGCUCUCAUCCCUGGGAGCCCAACUCGUGGUGUUGUGGUGAGAUCUGGGGUAGUGCUGGGCCAAGGUGGUGGUGCAAUCUCUCAAAUGAUCUGGCCUUUCCGUCUUGGACUAGGAGGCCCAGUGGGCUCUGGGCUCCAGCCCUUCCCAUGGAUCCACAUUCGGGACCUGGCUGGGAUUGUGUGUCAUGCCCUGGAGACUGAGGGCCUGCGAGGUGUCUUCAACGGUGUGUCUCCAUCCUCCCCUGCCACCUCCAAUGGCAUCUUUGCUCGGGAGCUUGCUGCUGCCCUGGGGCGCCCGGCGGUGCUGCCCAUGCCCGCUUGGGCUGUGCGGGCUGUCUUCGGUGCAGAGCGGGCUGUGAUGCUGCUGGAAGGCCAGAAAGUGGUGCCAAAACACACCCUGGAGAGCGGCUACAGCUUUAUCUUCCCAGACCUGCCAUCAGCACUGAAGGACAUCGUGUCUUGAGGACUCCUCGGUUGUGCUGUGUUGGGCCCUGUUUCUGUGAGCAGCCUGGCUCGUGUGCCUUCCCCUGGGUGAAAGAGGCAAGGCCUGCCCAUUGUCAACACUUCCCUACUGCUGUACAAAGAAGAUGAGCAAUCUGUUCCCCCUCUGUCUCCCUUUGUGCAUCCCCAAUUUAGGAGUCAUCCCUCUUAACUGUUAUCUGCAGUCUCCACAGGACCUGCUUUUGGGCAGGAGAAUCAGCCCCUCUGAGGGUUGUGACUGCAGAAUCUGCCAUCUUCCCUUUUCCACUCAUGCUGAUCCCUCAGCGGCUGGCACUUAGCACUUGUAGCACAAAUACAUGGGAUAGAGUGAGGUUACACAGAGCAUUUUGAAAAGGUUUUAUAUGAAGAUGGGACAGGCUGCGGUAAUAAAAUAUUGAGUUCAGCCAGGCCUGUACUCACUGGCCCUGGUUUACACCCAAUAUGCCUCUUUUA